AUGUCUUGCGAAACUGUACAGAGAAAUGUGCAAGCCGCAGUCAAAGAUGUCAGGAGCAUGAAUGGUUGUGUUCUUCUACUCACUUCUUGGGCAUUCACGCAUAUACCAUUGUUUUCUCCUGUUAGUACAUUGCAGCCGUCAUAUCCAUAUGCUCAAAGAUGGGCCCAAAGACGCAUGAAUUACGAUGCUAAUCCUCGUUUUCAUCUACAAGGGUAUCGAAACGCAUUGGACCACAUGCAAGAAAAAGACGUGAGAUUGAAAUCAUAG